CAAGGCCAUCACUCAUCAUGUCGCAGCAGUACUCGUACGGGGGAGGGUAUGGAGCAGGCGGAGCAGGGGUUGGGCAGGGCUACGGACAGCCGCCCCACCAAGGAGGAGGAGGAGGAGGAGGAGGAGGCUAUGGAGCACCACCCCCGGGACAGGGAGGCUACGGAGCGCCCCCUCCCCACCAGGGCGGAGGCUAUGGCGCGCCAGGCGGUGGCUACGGUGCCGGAGCUGGUGCUGGUGCUGCCGGCGGUGGAUAUGCCCCUUCGUCGUAUGGGCCACCCGGCGGCCGUCCGCAGGCGUACACGCCCAACACGGGGCCUCCACCGGGCGCCGACCCCCAGCUCUGGGCCUGGUUCACCGCCGUUGACCGCGACCACAGCGGCAAUAUCAACCCCGUCGAGCUGCAGCAGGCCCUCGUCAAUGGCGACUGGACCCCGUUUGAGCUCGACACCGUCAAGCUGCUCAUGACCAUCUUUGACGUCGACCGCUCGGGCAGCAUCACCUUCAACGAGUUCGCCGGCCUCUGGAAGUACAUCCAGGACUGGCAGGGCGUCUUUCGCCACUUUGACGCCGACCGGAGCGGCAGCAUCGACCAGACGGAGCUCUCGCGCGCGCUCGCCAACUUCGGCUACAACCUCAACCCGCGCCUGCUGCACAUUGUCGUGGCCAAGUUCAUCCCUGCUCCUGCCUCUGCCCCGUCGUCGUACAACACAGGUACGCCCCGCGGCGGCGUCACUUUCGAUCGCUUCGUCCGGUGCUGCGUCGUCAUCAAGACGCUGACGGACAACUUUGCGCGCAAGGACGUGCAGCGGACGGGCCAUGUGACGCUCAGCUACGACGAGUUCAUGGAGCUCUGCCUCUCGGCGCCUUGA